AUGGUCGACGCAAAGGACUCCGAGUCUCCUCCCUCUGUGGCGCGAGAGUCAACACUUCCCAAGGAAGAGAACUGGCACUUUAUGCAAGAAUCUGAGGAUCUUCAAACUCCAGAUGGGCCAGGCGUCGCCGCCGAAGAAAUAUUCAAUGCUAUUGCUAUGAUUGUCCCAUUCUCAUUCUUGCUACUCAUGAUGGAGAUACUCAUCCGGUACCAGUAUGGGAAACAUCCGGGGUUGAAUGUACUUGUGGAACAAAUGGUAUCGAAUGUUCCUAUACUGGCUCUACUCAUCUUCUAUACGAUGAGAUACAAGCAACAUCGUAGGCUGCAGAUUGGAUUCUUCUUGGCAUCCAUAGGUAUUGGGUGUAGGACGGUAUAUCUGCUCAGUCGUGGUUCCUUAUAUGUCAACAUUAGGCAGGUGGGAAUUUUCGUUCCUGUCGCUACUUGUCAUCGACUUGAACUUGGCACAGCUGUACUGAACUUGGCUGUCGUCUCGACGUAUGUCUGGUGGAAGGGUUUAAAACUCCUUCGAUAA